AGAGAAAGCAAAAAGCUCCAGCAGGCGGGCGGUAGAAAUGGAGAGCAAAAGGACUGGGAGGGAAAGCGAAAACGCUGAAGAGACAUGGCGUGGCAGCAAGACAAAAUAACAGGAUUUCAGCCCAACAAAAAGGAGUUAUCUGAAGAACAAAGUAAAGGUUGACGGGUCGAGCUAGCGUUUACUGACUGGAGGAUUUUCAUUUCGCUUUGCUUUGGUCUCACCGCGUAAUCAGUGCGCACUGUGUGUUGUAUCUGCAGAGAAGUCUGUAGCGAAAAACACAGCCUGACAGGAUUAAAGUAUGAGUCGAGAUGUGUGGUCAAAAAAGAAAGCCAAUGCCAGUGGUGACAAUGGUUGGGCUGAGAGGGGCGGCUACAUGGCUGCCAAAGUUUCUAAACUGGACGAGCAGUUUAAACUGGACGCCCCCAGAGAGAAGCAGAAGGAUGGGUCAUGCUCCACUAUUUUCAGCGGAGUAUCUAUCUAUGUUAAUGGAUACACAGACCCGAGUGCGGAUGAGCUGCGCAGGCUGAUGAUGCUGCACGGCGGUCAGUUCCACGUUUACUACUCUCGCUCCAAGACCUCUCACAUCAUCACCAACAACCUGCCCAACUUCAAAAUCAAGGAGCUGAGAGGGGAAAAGAUCGUCCGGCCGCUGUGGAUCACUGACAGUAUCCAGGCUGGGUGUCUCCUGCCCUGCCUGCAGUACCAGCUCUACAAUCAGAAGGGCCCGCUCUUCCCUGCUAUGAUUUCCCGCCAGACGCCUGAGAUGGCAGGGCCGAGCCAUCAGAAGCUCCACCUGCCGCAGCGCAGCAUGCAGCGCUCUGUUCUCAACCAGGAAAGCCAGAAUAACUCCCUCCCCCCCCCGAACAACAGUCGACUUUACCCAGACAACAUCCAACCUCAGUCCGUGCAGCAGAGCUCUGCUGCUCGCCUCAUCAACCCACAGCCAAGCCACUUAGCAUCCACUUACCUCAACACAGAUCCCAGGCACAGAAGCCCCUCACACACCCACCUGCUGUCUAACCCCAGCUCCACAAAACCCCCCCUCAAGCCCCCACUGUCCCCUUUACAAACACCUCAAGCUAAUCUGCAGCACCAGAGGGCCGGUCAACAACAACCUCACAGCAACUCUUCUUACAACAGCAGCUGCAAGGAAGUGGAGUUAAAGAUAAAUGGAUUCCUGCAGACCUCAUUUGACGUGAUGAGCCAUUCAAAAUCAAAAGAAAUGCAAGAGUGUGGCAAAGCAGAUCCUCUCCCGCAGGUGGUGAAGGAAGCUCACCUGACGAAUGGACACUCUCACCUUGUUAAUGGUGCCUUAAAGCCAGAGGACCUGCUGUCCCCUGCUAAACCCUCUGAUGACACGGAGCUGCCUCAACGCAGAGUCAAGAGUUCACACGAUAAACCUCACAGUCCUCCAGGGCCGUUUCAGACCAAACCCGACCCUUAUGAGUUCCCCCAGAGUCCUCCAAAGCAAUCCGAGCAGUCUGUGGUCUCUCUGAAGCAAUCCAGUUCACAUGAAGCCAACGAGAAGAGACUUAAACCUCCACCACCCACCUACCAGGAGGCUUUAAAAGCCACGGAAACCCACCUACUCCCAAAACAGCUCCACCCAUCCCGUCCAGUUAAUUCACAUCCAGAAAAGACUCCUCUUUCCGCCGCACAUCGCUCUCUUUCACAUUCUCCUGUCCGUCUGAACGGGAGUCACCACAAUGCCUUUUCAUCUGCCUCGCUAAACUCAACCAACAUAACAUCCAAACCUCAUCAUCCCACUGAAAAGUCUCCAUCACCGUCUAAGUCCUCGGCGCAGCUAAUGGCCCAGACAGGCGGACUGAUCUCUGAGUAUUACUCUCACUCACGUUUACACCAGAUCUCCACAUGGAGGUCCGGCUUCUCGGAGUAUGUCAAUGAGCUGCACAGCAAGAGGAAAGCAGCGGGGGGCGCCUCUUUCCCAGGGAGGGAACGAUUGAGGAAAUCGGUUGCCCAGCGCUCAGACAGAGGAGGUACGUCAGCACCCACAAGUGUCAAAUCGUGUAUUUUUCACGUGGACAUGGACUGUUUCUUCGUGUCUGUGGGGAUCCGACAUCGACCAGAGCUCCAAGGGAGGCCAGUAGCUGUGACCAGUAGCCGUGGACAGGGCCGGGUCCCCCUGAGGCCCGGGGCCCAGCCUCAGCUGGAGAACCAGUACUACCAGAGGAAACAUGCUCUCCCUGAGAUGGAAGAUGAGGAUCUGGACAGAAGUCCAUCAGAAGACAGUCCUGUCCCCCAUACUAACGGAGUGGACCAGGAUAUUGCGACUCUCUCUAGGGCAGAGAUUGCAUCCUGCAGUUAUGAGGCCAGGCAGGUGGGCGUGAAGAACGGGAUGUAUUUUGGAAAAGCCAAACAGCUCUGUCCCUCGCUGCAGUCGGUCCCGUAUGAUUUUGAGGCGUACAAAGAGGUGGCUCUCACCAUGUAUGAGACUCUGGCCGGUUACACCCAUGACAUCGAGGCUCUGAGCUGUGAUGAGCUGCUAAUCGACGGUUCUGCUCUGCUGGCCGAGCUGCGCAUCAACCCUCAAGAUCUGGCCCGCACCAUCAGAGCCGACAUCAAGGAGAAAACGGGAUGCUGUGCUUCAGUGGGCAUGGGGUCCAACAUCCUUCUGGCUCGGCUGGCAACCCGAAAGGCCAAGCCGGACGGACAGCACCUCCUGAAGCCUGAAGAGGUGGAUGAUUUCAUCAGAGAGCUGCCAGUGACCAGCCUGCCAGGUGUGGGGCCUGUAAUGGGCAGGAAGCUGGCAGGUAUGGGUGUGCGGUCCUGUGGGGAUCUCCAGCAGGUUUCUCUGUCUCAGCUGCAGAAGAAGUUCGGACCCCGGACCGGACAGACUCUGUUCCGCUUCUGCAGGGGCCUCGACGAGCGGCCCGUCCGCUACGAGAAGGAGAGGAAGUCUGUCUCUGCUGAGAUGAACUACAACAUCCGCUUCACUAAGGUUGACGAGGCUGAGUCUUUCCUCAAUAACUUGUCCAUGGAGGUGCAGAAACGUUUACAAGACGCCGGGCUGCGGGGCCGCAGAGUGACCCUGAAGGUCAUGGUGCGCAAGGCUGGAGCGCCACUGGAGCCGGCUAAAUACGGAGGUCACGGCAUAUGUGACAACCUCGCCAGGACUGUGAUGCUCGCUCAGUCCACAGACAGCGGUCAGCUGAUCGCCGCUGCGGUCAUCAAGCUGUUCCACGCCAUGAAGCUUCAGGUCCAGGAGAUGAGGGGGAUCGGCAUCCAAGUCCAGCUCCUCGACGGACACCACUCCGGCCCCCAGGACUCCGCGGGCCCCGGGUCUCGCUCCAUCAAACAAAUGUUUCUACGCCAGGGAAGUGGCAGAUCCAGAAAAAUAGAACCUGCAGACGACAGCUCACAUCAGGAGAAUUCUUCCCUAAACGUGGGCCCGUCCUCCAGCUCCACUCCUCGUCCUCUGUCCUCCCCCGAGCCGGUCCCCGGGACGAGCAGAGACCAGCACGCAGGCAGACACACUCCCAAAAACUCCCGAGCACGUCUCAACUUCAGUAUUGAGAUCCCCUCCCCUUCACAGGUGGAUCGCUCUGUGUUGGAGGCGCUGCCUGCAGAUCUGAGAGAGCAGGUGGAGCAGUCGUGGACCAAUCGGGACAGGACCUCGAGUCACCGUCGCCCCCACAGCCCGACGCCCCCCGCUCCUCCCCCCCCGCCUCCCUCUGUGAGGUCUCGCCCCCCCUCCCCCCCUCGUCCUGCUGCCUCAGCGCUGUACACGCCGCCCGCCGGCACGUUGCUGCUUCAGCUCCCAGACCAGCCCGACAGUCCGGGGAUUGUUCUGGAACUACCACACUUCUCACAGGUUGAUCCGGACGUAUUUGCCGCCCUUCCCAAAGAGCUGCAGGACGAACUGAAGAAUGCCUACAACAGAGUAACACAUGUCCAGCCUCAGGCAACAAUAUCAGUGGAGCAGAAGAAUCCUCUGCUGCAGCUCAAACAGCCGGGAGUUGGAGUUGGAGUUGGUCGGGUGAAGCGGCGCUACAAGAGAAAAAAUGCAGGGAGUCCCGUUAAAAAAGGUCCCUCGCCUGUGAAGAGACGAAACACGACAAACAGCCCAGCCAAAACCCUGCCCUCCCCUCUAAAACCACGGGAACCAAUAAACACAUUGAAGACGGAAAAUGGUCCCUCCACGUCAAACCUUAAAGCAGACAUCGCAGAGUCCAAAUUCAUCCCCCGCCCUGCUCCUGUGCUGGCCGGAGCCUACGACAUGACGGACAUUAGGACGCUGCUACGGGAAUGGGUCACCACCAUAACAGAACCCAUGGAGGAGGACAUCCUGCAGGUGGUGAAGUUCUGCACUGAUCUGAUCGAGGAUAAAGAUCUGGAGAAAUUGGAUUUGAUUAUAAAAUAUAUGAAAAGGCUCAUGCAGCAGUCGCUGGAGUCGGUUUGGAGCAUGGCUUUCGACUUUAUUCUAGACAACGUGCAGUUGGUUGUGCAGCAGACGUAUGGUAGCACCCUGAAGGUAGCAUGAAGAGGAAGGUGCACUGUGUUCACUGUGUGUUACCAUGACACCCUUUUUGUUUUGCUACUAUCACAAGGACAUCUGCAAUACAAAUGAUGACGUCUAAAUGAUGCUUUUCCUCCUCAACACCCUGUUCUCAGUGGCGAGAGUAAGACACAAUUUAACGACUACACACACUCGACAUGUGAAAGUGUUACAGGAGCCAUAACAGUAUUAGACAAGAGUGUGUACAGUUAAGUGAUUUCGGUACUUUUUUUAAAGGAAUUCAAACUUAAAAGCAGGAAAACUACUCACUCAGAACAGUGAUAAUCGUAGCGCUUUUUUGAAAAUCCAUCAUUUUCCAUAUGGAGUUCUUUUCUAAAUAUAUAAAGUUUUAUAUACUGAUUUUUGCAGGCGGAGUUUUAACUGUUUCUUAUUAAAAAAACAGCUCUUAUAAGAUUUAAAAAUGUCCCUCCUGAUUUCCAUCUGCACUUAUGUGAUCUGAAGGUUUGAAUAAUGUAAGUCACAGGCACAUUUCUAUGUUUCUUUUGCAGUUAAAUAAGGUUUAAAAUGACAACAUAAUCAUCAUGUUAAAACACAAAGCACCUUUUAGAGAUUUCAGAAUCGGUUAGGGUUGUAGCACUCCUUAGGACUUAUGAAUAAAGGACAAAACAUUUCCUUGGUGCUCCGAGCUACUUGGACUAACCUGUGAUGUAUCUACUACUGCUGUCUCAAAAAAAGCCAACAAAACAUAGUCUGCUGCAUACAGUAGUAUCUUUAUUCCUCUUCUCUUGCAAAAAAAAGUGCCAAACCUUGUUAUUAUAGUAUGUAAAUAAUGUUUUCAAAGACACUUGUUUAAAGAAAAAGAUGUACGUGGAGGAUUUACCUCUUGUAUUGUUUACAUGUAGUGAAUUCUUAGUAACUGUCUCUAAAUUGUAAAAUCUCCUCAAUCUUUAAUUGUUUGUAAGUGUUCCAACAUGGAAGCUGGUCAAAGCACUUCCUGUGAGGUUAACUGUUGAUUCUCAGAAGCACUCUGACUCCGCGGAUGAUGACAGGGGUUAUGGCGAUCAAUAAGUAGCCUACGCAGUUGUUGUUUUUCUUCAAGAUAAUGUAAAGUUUCAUACAGCCUUUGUAUCUGCAGAAAAUCUUUUCUAGUGUUCCAGCCUAGUCACAAAUCUGAAUAUUGAGAUAAUGCUGGAUUUGACCAGGUGAGCUGAUUUUUAACUCAAUGUGUGUACUUGUGUACUUCAUUCAAUGGAGACAUGUGUAUGGCUUGUGGCUACAUCAUUGUAUUUCUGUGAUUUAACGUUAUGAUUGGUGAUUAGAAGUACUCAGCAGAUGCGGCUGGCUGGCUAGCUUGUGAUCUCACCAUGCAGGACAUUAUGUACGUGUGGUUGGAAAGGUUUCUCAAAGCAGUAUCCCCAAUAUGCAAACCAAAUCAAUCUUUUAUGUUUUCAACUCGUUGAAAUGAAUGUAAUUCAGAAUGUGUAAGUCUCCGCUCACUUUCCAGAUGUUUGCUUCUCUUCACCUGUCAUAUCUUUCUGGAAGGAAUGGCCAGGAGUUAAAACUGGCCAGUCUUGUCUUCUCUAAACUGGCUUGUGCCUGAAGACCUGAAGCUGUGAAAUUGUUUGUAAGUUUUCUAAAAUCUUGGUAAUAAACUGUAAACUCUGUAUUCA